AGUCGUAAAUGGGAGGCCCGUGAGUGGGAGGAGGUUGGCGGUGCAGUGAGGCGGUGUCUGUGUUACCAGCCCCAGACUGCGGCGGGCAGUACUGUUCGUUACAGAAAUGGCGGAGGGGGAGUUGGACGUUGACUCGCUGAUUUCCAGGCUUUUAGAGGUGCGAGGAUGUCGUCCAGGGAAGAUUGUCCAGAUGACGGAGGCUGAGGUGCGCGGCCUCUGCAUCAAGUCCCGGGAGAUCUUCCUCAGUCAGCCAAUCCUUCUGGAGCUGGAGGCUCCGCUCAAAAUCUGUGGUGAUAUUCAUGGACAAUACACAGAUCUGCUGAGGCUCUUUGAAUAUGGCGGCUUCCCCCCAGAGGCCAACUACCUGUUCCUGGGCGACUAUGUGGACAGAGGCAAGCAGUCUCUAGAGACCAUCUGCCUGCUGCUGGCGUACAAGAUCAAAUACCCCGAGAAUUUCUUCCUGCUCAGGGGCAACCACGAGUGUGCCUCCAUCAACCGCAUCUACGGCUUCUAUGAUGAGUGUAAACGCAGAUUCAACAUCAAGCUGUGGAAGACGUUCACCGACUGCUUCAACUGCCUGCCCAUCGCCGCGAUAGUGGACGAGAAGAUCUUCUGCUGUCACGGAGGUCUCUCUCCAGACCUGCAGUCUAUGGAGCAGAUCAGACGCAUCAUGAGGCCCACAGACGUGCCUGACACAGGCCUCCUGUGUGAUCUGCUGUGGUCAGACCCAGACAAGGACGUCCAGGGCUGGGGAGAAAACGACCGUGGCGUCUCUUUCACCUUUGGAGCUGAUGUGGUCAGCAAGUUCCUAAACCGUCACGACCUGGACCUCAUCUGCAGAGCUCACCAGGUGGUAGAAGAUGGUUACGAGUUUUUUGCAAAGCGACAGCUGGUGACUCUCUUCUCAGCUCCCAACUACUGCGGGGAGUUUGACAACGCUGGCGGCAUGAUGAGCGUGGAUGAAACCCUGAUGUGUUCCUUCCAGAUCCUGAAGCCAUCUGAGAAGAAAGCUAAGUACCAGUACGGCGGGAUGAACUCGGGUCGGCCCGUCACUCCUCCCCGCACAGCCCAACCUCCAAAGAAACGAUGAAGAAGUACGGAGGGAGGAAGAGACGCAGAGAACGAGGGAGAGAGAUGAUUGUCUCCUGUUGGCUUUUCACUACACAAAACAAGUCAAAGCAACACUUGGCAGAGGAGAAAACGGAUGAACACAACUAUUUUAAGAGACACACCAAACCUGUCUUUCAUUUUCAGUUUUUUUCCCCCCCCUCUUGUCUCCCUCUGAACUGCUGUCACACUCUCUUCUUCUUUUCUCAGUGCUUAUUUUUCUCUGCAUCUGUGUAACAUUUUUAAAAACAAGUGUUAAAAUGAGAAAACAGUGCGAAGGUGUCAUUCUGUAGCAUAUCGGAGUGUUUCUUUUGUCUCUUUGUCCUUUACCUUUUAUUUUCUUGACAACAGAAUGACAGCUAGUUUAGUUUACCACAUCUCUUUACUCCCUUGACUGUACAGGCACAACAGGUAUUAAUGACAAUUGCUGGGUUUUCAAUAAAUAAUACAGGAUAUAAAUCCA